GUUUCUUAAAGUUCAGGACAAUGUUUUGGUUAUUAAAUUUAAUUUUGCUGGUCAUUGUUAAUGCUCAGGACGAUAAUGCUGAACCUAAACCUCCGGCAACAGAAUCUCCAGUCCGUACAACACAAAUGACUUCAGCAACAACCUCUGCUGGGACUGCACCAACAACAAUAAAGAAUGGAGACAAGCCUGACGACAUAGACCAAUUGCUUAAGGAUAUUUUAAGUACUUAUGAGCCCGAUUGUCAGGGAAAUGCAGAGUUAACCUCUGAGUUGGACAAAAUUCGGUUUGUUCUCAAAUUGGGAGAUGAGUUCAAAGGACUAAAAAUUAAAGUCCUUACGGAUUUUAAAGUUUACAAUGCACUACGGUUGGCUCUGGAGCAAAGAAUUAGAGAACGCAUUGAUGCGCUCAAUGAUCUGCUGCCAACUCUCUUACCAAAUAGCAAAUGUUCUCGGUUCUACUUAAAGCAAAGAAAAGUCCUCAAGGAAAUUGGAAAGCUUAGCAAUGUUGAAAAACUAGCCAAGUUGUUGGAGAACUCGGCCAUAUGCCCAACCUCCGUUUUAGAUUACAGUGAUGAAGAUUACUAUUAUUUUGACGAUGACUUGAAAAAGAAGUAAUUGUAUUUACUUUAUUUUUUAAUUUCUUUGAAAUUUUUAAUAUUUUCUUACUUCUGAUUACUUACACUCAAAAAUCAAUUUUAA